AUGAAGAAGAUUAAAAAAAUUGCUGCGGAAAAGUCGAAAAAAGCAAUUGGAGAAUCACCAAAAAAAGUCAAAAAAGAUGAUACUGCACGUCCACGUCUUCCUAAGUCUCAGCUUACUUGCUUUUCAUUUGCUGGGCAACAUCUUUGUGCCUGCGAUGAAGGAACCAUCAAUGCUAACAGCAGCCUCACAAAGCUUGGUCAUCUCCAAAGACUCAACCUUGCCUUCAACUACUUGGAUUACUUUCCACUUGGGAAUAAUAUUGGUGAACACAGUAGUUUGACACAUCUGAAUCUUUCGCAUUUGGGAUUUAAUGUAGGGGAGAUGAUCCCUCCAGGAUUACUCAAAGUUGUCUAUAAGUUGAUUUCACUUGACAUCUCCAAUAAUUACUAUACUCUCCAAGUUAGCAAAACAAACUUCAGAAGUUUGGUUCAAAACUUAACCAAUUACUUACAGUUUCAUGGGGAGAUACCAAGUUUCUUACCUACAAGGCUACAAUAUCUUGGUUUAUAUGGCAAUCAAUUCGGGGGACAAGUCCCACGAUCAUUGGCAAACUGUACAAGGUUGAAAGCACUUGAUUUGGGCACGUUCCCCAUAUGGCUGGAGAAACUUCCAAACCUACAAGUUAUGAUUCUGAAAUCAAAUCUCUUUCAUGGUCCAAUUGGUGGUUUGGAGUCCAAGUUUCCAUUUCCUGAGUUACGGAUCUUUGACCUUUCCUUCAAUGGGUUCACUGGAACUUUGCCAUCUAAUCUUUUCAAAAGUUUCAGCGGUUUGAUGGAUUGGGAAGAAGAAAAAACUGGAAUUCCUCGAGAAAGUAAUAUCAGUCCCACGGAUUACCUUUACCGUGUUAGUUUGGUGAUAAAAGGUAAUGAGUUUGAUAUGAGAAUGAUCACGUCAAUUAUGACGAGUAUUGAUUUAUCAAGCAACAGGUUUGAAGGAGAUAUUCCAAAUUCCAUUGGAAGUCUGAGCUCACUUGUGUUACUCAACGUACCUCACAACAACUUUCACGGUUAUAUUCCUGAAGAAAUCGCAAAGCUGCAUGCACUCGAAGCAUUAGAUCUCUCAUGGAACAAACUCAUUGGAGAAAUUCCUGGGAAACAGUUCAAUACAUUUUCAAAUGAUUCGUAUCGUGGAAAUCCUGAUUUAUGUGGUUGUCCACUAUCAAAGGAAUGUGGAAACAAUAAUGUGUCAGAUGAGCCACCACUUGAUCAAAAUGAUGAUUCAAUUUUUGCCAGCAGGUUCACAUGGCAAUCUGUGGAAGCGAACAAGGCAAAAGAAGAGACGUCAAAGACAUGGCUUAAGAAUGAAUUUAGCAAUAUACCAGAGGUUGCUGGAGGGUUUGACAAGUUUAUUAGCAAGCUAGUGUUGAUGUUUUGGCAAAUAGCAAUGGAUGCAUCUGUUUCUUCACUUAAUGCCCAUGCUGGUGUCAUAUACAUAUGUUACAGUUGA